AUGAACACAUCACUUGACACAGAGCCCCUUGCCUGGACGGUCGCCAUCUCUCGUGCUGACGCUGGACCGGGCGAUCUGACGACUUACCACAAGGAGAUCUACAUCGGGCAGCCUUCAUCACUGAACUUGAAGGAAAUAGCCACAGUCUCGGGAUGUGCGUUGAUAUUCACCGGCGCAACGCUUCAAUUCGGCUCGAAUUUGGCUGCCAAUCCACUGGAAGACGAGAACGGAAGUUGUGCAGAUGCUCUCCCAACCCAAUGUGUGACUGAUUUGAUGAGUGAAGCACAAAAUCUUGUCAACACGACGGAGCUACAAAGUGGCAACUUGAUGAAUUGUGCAACAUUGGCACAAUUUCUGAAUGCUCGAAUGCCAUCCACCUGCCCUUCUAGCUUUGGAUCCACGGACGAGAUUUCAACUCCGAGUCUCAGCGGCACAAACAUGUCGAACCCGUCCACAUUAUCUACUUGCCAUCCGGCACUCUCGAAAGACUACAGUCUCACUCAUCUCGCCAACAUGAGUGCUUCAUCCGAGCAUCCUUCCUCACGCGAGGCUUUUGAGUGGCUGUAUGGAGUAACGCCCGUCCUGACGGUGUUUGCACCUCUUGAUGAUGGCUCCUCGUCAGAGGGUCCUAGCAUUUCCGCAGCUGAGGCGCAUCUAACCUGCCUCAAGCCUAUGGGCAACAACUACACCACCUCUGCAACGGUAGUGGGCCUUGGAAGCGGCAUUUCGAGGACCACAGCGCUGCUCUACCUCUUCGUCGCCCUAGCUGGUUUCGGAGUCCUUUCUUGA